CUUUCUCUCUCUAUCUCUAUCUCUGUACAUAAAAGCAAGCAGAGAGAGAGAGCGUUAGCGGCCAUAGCCAAAGGUCAAAACUAAGAAAAAGCCCACUGAGAGCAGAGCUCCAAAUUCCAUCACGUAGCACUCAAUCCAACAGCAAGCUCAGCAGCCGGCAGCCGCCAAGCAUCCACUACCUCUCCAUUGACAACCCUUCUUCUCCUCCUCCUCCUCCUCCUCCUCCUUCCUCCAUUUUCUUCUUCUUCUUCCGGGAAUGCGUUUUCAGAGCAUGUCCUUGCCGCUUUCAUCGGCCACCCAGUGAGGCGGUUGAUCGGCCCCACACACCCCACCUACUCUCCCUGUUGAGAUCUGCCCGAGAAGGCGAAGCGAAGCCAUGUCCAGCAAAUGGAAGAAGGCCAAGAUGGCGCUGGGCCUCAACUUGUGCCUCUACGUCCCCCGCCGCGACGAGCCCUCCUCCGACGCCGCAGCCGCCGCCGACGUCGCCAGGCGGUUCUCCGACACCGUCUCCCUCUCGUUUGCUUCCGGGGACCCCCACCGGCCCCGCACGCCCACCCCAUCUUCCUCCGGGCUCCUCCUCUCCAGAUCCGGCAACAGGUCCUCUAAGAAAACAUGUGCAAUAUGUCUCACUUCCAUCAAACCAGGCCAAGGGCAGGCAAUAUUCACAGCCGAAUGUUCCCACUCUUUCCAUUUCCAUUGCAUCACUUCCAACGUGAAACAUGGAAACCAAGUUUGCCCUGUCUGUAGAGCGAAAUGGAAGGAAGUUCCCUUUCAGAGUCCCGUCCCCGAUGUUUUUCCCAAUGGAAGGUUGAGAGUGAACUCAGUAGGUAGGGCACGGGACGAUAGCUACAUGAACGUUAUACGGCCUAUCCCGCAGCAUAGGUUGGGUUCACAUCAGCCCGUUUCAACAUUCAAUCACAGGCCAGAGCCCAGUUGCUUUGAUGACGAUGAAGUUCUUGGUGCUGAACCAGGAAGUAGUGAGAAAAACUCAUCUAAAAUUGAUGAUCUAUCUGGCAGUUCCGUUGGAACCCUAGAGAUUAAGACUUACCCUGAGGUUCCAGCUGUUCCUAGAUCAGCAUGUAACGAUAAUUUCACAGUUUUGAUCCACUUAAAAGCUCCCAAACCUAAAAUGCUGGGCGAAUCACAAACCGGGAAUCAAACUUCUCGGGCUCCAGUUGAUUUAGUAACAGUUCUUGAUGUUAGUGGAAGCAUGGCAGGUACGAAGCUUGCCCUGUUGAAACGGGCUAUGGGAUUUGUGGUGCAGAACCUGGGACCCGCAGACCGACUCUCAGUCAUCGCCUUCUCAUCCACAGCACGCCGCCUCUUUCCUCUCCGCCGAAUGACUGAUACAGGGCGGCAGCAGGCACUGCAGGCUGUUAAUGCUCUGACCUCAAACGGUGGGACAAACAUUGCUGAAGGUCUGAGGAAAGGUUUCAAGGUUGUGACCGAUCGCAAGUGGAAGAACCCAGUUGCAAGUGUCAUACUCUUAUCCGAUGGGCAGGACACUUAUAAUGUCUGCAACGCAGGUUGGGGCUCAGGAAGCUCCCAUUGCAGAGGAGAUUAUAGAUCUCUUCUCCCUGCCUCAGUAUUACAACAGAACAUUCCUGCAGACUUGCAGAUUCCUGUGCACACAUUUGGUUUUGGGGCAGACCAUGAUGCUGCCGCUAUGCACUCGAUCUCAGAAAUGUCCAGCGGCACUUUCUCUUUCAUAGAGGCUGAGAAUGUAAUUCAAGAUGCAUUUGCCCAAUGCAUUGGGGGGCUUCUGAGUGUAGUCGUUCAAGAGCUGAAGGUUGAAGUUGAGUCAAGAUUGCAGCUUGGGCAGAUAAAAGCUGGAAGCUACCAGAGCAGCUUGGACGCUGGGGGAAAGACUGGGUCGAUCGUGGUUGGCGACUUGUACGCGGAGGAAGAGAGGGAUUUUCUGGUGACAGUCAAGAUCCCAAUUGACCAGUCAUGCCGUGGUGAACAGUCUUUGCUGGAGGUUAGAUGUGUCUACAGAGAUCCCAUUACCAAGGAAACAGUGAGACUGGAAGGAGCGAGCGAAGUGAGGAUUGAACGGCCCGAGGAAACUGGAGACCUAGCAGUUUCCAUGGAGGUUGAUCGACAGCGGAACAGGCUUUAUGCAGCUGAGGCCAUGGCUGAGGCCAGGCUUGCCGCAGAAAGAGGAGACCUUUCCUCUGCUGUAUCCGUUCUGGAGAUAUGCAACAGGGCGCUGUCGGAGACUGUGUCUGCGAGGGCUGGUGAUCGGCUCUGCAUCUCUCUGUGCGCGGAGCUGAAGGAGAUGAAGGAGAGGAUGGCGAACAGAAGGGUCUAUGAGGCCUCAGGGAGGGCCUACGUCCUAUCGGGGCUGAGCUCCCACUCAUGGCAGAGGGCAACAGCCCGCGGGGAUUCAACAAACAGCAACAGCCUCGUGCAGGCCUACCAAACCCCGUCGAUGGUGGACAUGGUGACCCAGUCCCAGACUAUGAUCUUCGGAGAGCCGCUGGCUUCUUCAGGCAGGAGGAAGCAGCUCCGGCAGGCACACUCUUUCCCAGCAGGGCCACGCCCGAGGUAAAAUUGCAACUCAAGUCGCAGCAGGCCGAUAAUAACUGCCACCCUUCGUGGCCUCAGGCCUUAGGUUUCCGUGAUUAUUGUUUCAUCGUAUAUGAUAUAAUCUCAACCAAACCAAGUGGGUAGGUAUAGGAAUAAGACUGAAAGAAAGGUCUGGGCAAAUGGUGAACUUGGAAAUGGUUACUUUCAUUAUGUGUUUUUUUUUUUCCUUUUCUUUUUGGGUGAAUGUUGGGAUUAAGAGUGAUUUGCCGGGGAUUUAGGUGUACAUAAAGUAGGAUUUGGCCCCUUUUUUAUUUUUUAUUUUUGUAUUUUGUAUUUUUUGGGUUUUUCCAAUUUUUGAAGAGGGAAAGGGGGGGUGGGUAUAGUCUUUGAAAUUGGGUGGGAAAAAUUUGGGGGGAGGUUAAUUUCAAAUCAAAUGUUUGGAAAUAUGUUCUUCUAAUUCUUUUCAUGAUCCAACUUUUCUUUUUAUCUCAUCCUUUUCCUCUUCCUUACUCUUCUCUUCCUCCUUUCGUCUCCUCUUUUCCUUAUACUUGUUUCCCGCUUCAUCGACCUGAAAAAGAGUAAGCAAGAAUAGACAGUCGGCUUAGACGGAUAUAGCUUGGCCCGGGUAUCUUCUUUAUGGAUCAGGCUGAGCUUGAACGAGUAAUCAA